GGGGUGAUGUCAUUGCUGAAUGCUAGGGGCUGACGCAGCGGCACCACGCAAGCUCCAGCGACGCACCUUGGAUGAGGUUGUGAAUCGAAUAAGCUUAGGCACAAAUAUGAGAAGUGUUUGACAUAGGUCUUUUUGAUAACUCAAUGCAUUUGUUAGAAAAUCACAGUUGGUGAAGUAUCUCAUUCAUAUCGGACCGGGAUUAUCACUCUGAUUGCCUGUCCUCCUGACCCCUGUCUGCCUGCCAAAGCAUGCUAUCGUCGCUGCCUCAAUAGCCCCUCCUCAAAGCAUUUACAAGGCAGAUUCUAGGCAACUACAACCAACAACUCUUUACUACCACCAUCCCUAGCAUUUGAGCCCAACCCACCGAAUGAACCGGUUGUUUUGGAACCUUAUUUGGCCAAGUCUAGCAUCGGCCAAAAUGGAGCACUUAGAAGCGCUUGAUGGCAACGACCUUUAUGAGCCUACCGUUUUGGACGUGCUGGUUGUCAGGGCAAUGAUAAACAAGGCAUUUGGACUGGCACCGGAGCUCGUCGAUGCAGUCAUCGACGCGGCCGAAUAUUGGCCCCAUUCGACCGUUAUUGGCGAUUACAGACAACUUCAAGGGGGUAUGAAAGCUGCUGUUGGGAGCUCUAGCAGGGGAUCCAAGAACCUCUUCCUCGCUCGCUCCCAACCUCUGGGCUUCGCCAGGCACCCUGCAGGAGCGGAUCCCCAAGCAUGGGCUGAGGAGGAGCCCAAGCCGAUCCAACUCCAAAAAGAACACCCAAGAGAGAAACUACAGGACCUGGCCAAAUGCCCGUUGACCUUGGUCGAGCACCCUUGCAGGAAGAUUGUCUUCACCAUCCACAGUCGUGACCAAGGAUGGGGCGGUAAUGUGCAAGACCAUGGAACUUAUAAAAGUUCCUUUACUUGGUUCGACGCCGGGCUGGAAAGGUUCGAAGCCGGCGAUGGCGUUUCUGCGUCCGCGCCUGCUCUCGACGCAUCCGAGCUACGCUCCAUUUGGCCCGAGGUGCGGACCAAUGAGCAAGGAGAGCAGUAUAUACACGCAGACCUGCUCUCCGACCCAGAACACCUGGUCCAGUUCAACCUCUUGGCAGCAGCCAGGGUGAUGAAGCAUCGUGUCGAGUGGUCUUAUCUCGACGACAUUGACCCUCAGUCUACCGAGGCAGCAGAGAGUCUGGAGCGUGUAGGGCGGGGCACUAACUCUGUAGACGGGAAGUUUGUGCGGAGUCUGAAGUUGGGCGACGUCGUCACUCUCUGGGCUCGGGCCAGAUUUGCGGGGUGGCAGAACAGGGUCCAGAGGGUCCAGAUGGACGUGUACUGGGUCGUUUGAGUCUCGAAGAGUUGACUCCGGAGUGUUUCUCGUCUGCCACAGGCUAAACGGGUUAGGAGUUGUGGCGUGGGGAUUUCCGGAGGAUGACCCCUUGUUUUUGAUUGCGGGACGAGUCCGCCCUGAAUGGCCAUAGACUGCGCAUUCUUCUGAUUCUACAUAUACCUAGUUCCCUAAGCGCACAUUACAUCGCUCGAGAGAUACCUCCAUGCUUAAACCACGUACGCCAGGCUUAACCAAAUCCCCAGAAAAUAAAAGUAAAAUAAGAGCCCCAGGCGAUACCAGUUGCAUGUCUCCCUCGUACUUACCGGUCACGAAAUCAGUCCUAUCCUCCGAUCCAGGUCACCCCUAAGCUGCUUAUUACCCACCACCAGCAGAGUCUUAUCCUCGAUCCGUACAAUCUCGUUCGCCUGGCACUUAGACCCAUCCAGAUCCAGACCAGCC